GAUGGCGGCCGCGAGCCGUAGCUCGGAUAUGUUUGAUGAUAUCAUGAUGGCCGAGGAGAGGUUUCAUAGUGAGGGCUAUCAGGAGGGGUAUGCUGAAGGCAGUCAUGUUGGAGUUGUAGAGGGAAGGAGAUAUGGAUCGCUCCAUGGUGCCAAGAUGGGAUCUGAGAUUGGCUGCUACCUUGGGUUUGCACUGACAUGGCAGUGUCUGCUCCAGAAAUGCACAGAUGAAAAGAACAGCAAAAAGAUAAAGGCUCUGGAUUCAUUAGUAGGGAUGAUUCAGAAGUUCCCAUAUGAAGACCCCACUUACGAGAAGCUACAAGAAGAUAUGGAAAAAAUCAGAGGAAAAUUUAAACAGGUUUGUUCAAUGCUAAAUGUUCAGUCUGAUGUUAGAAUGGGUACUGAAAGAUCUUCACUAACGUUUUGAUGAAGAUAAACAUGGAUGACCAAAGAAGAAGCAUUAAGAGAACAGCUAACUGGAAAAGUGUUUGUCUACUUUUAUGUUAAAAUAGUGAAAAGGUGCUAAAUGUUAAAGGGAAAACAACUCAGCCUGCAAUAGUACUUCACAUGGCAUUUAACAGGUCUUAUCUUCAGGUUUGAUUUAGGUUUGCUGAAACACCAGUAGGUAAACCUGUGAAACAGAAAUACUUCAGUUCUUCACUAGUCUUGCACUGAAAGAUUAAUUCCUCAAAAGGGAAAGAUAAGCAAAGUUUCCUUAUCUAAAGGGUAUUUGUUACUUAAAGAUCUGUGUAUGCAGAUGAUUCAGUUUACACAAUGUGUAGGUAUUGUAGUGAAAUAGAAACAGGAUCAGUUGUCUGCAGACUUUGCAGCAGGAAACAGUUUUGUGCAGAAAGGGUGGAAUGGCAAAGGGAGUCAGAAUGCAUAGGAGAAAGAUUAAGGCAUCUGCUCAAAGUAGCUGCAGCUUAGAACAUUGAAUCUGCACUUCCCACAAGUUGUGCAGACUGGUUCAGUGUGGGGGAAAAAACACUUCCCAAACUCCUCAAAAGGCAGCAAUUUAAGUGAUCAGUGAGAGAAACACAGCUACCAGAAGACUUGAUGCUGACACUGGCAUUUACAGGUAGCUUUCGUCAAGGAAUAGUUUAUUUCCCAGUCUUGAAAAUACACUCUUCAGCCUCAGUCAGAGGAAUGGCUACAGUCAGCCAAGUGUGUUCAGCUGUGGUAGAUUAAGGGAAAGGCAGUCAUUUUGCCUGGCAAAUGGUUGGGCUGCAAGCUGUGUUUGCUUUCCAUUUGCAGUACAGUUGUGUAGUGAACAUACCCUCCAUCAGCUGUAACCUGUCCACAGCUAAGGCUGUGUGGCACAGACUGGCUUCACAAAGACAGAUUUGACCACUGUGGGUGUUGGAAGCUGUACACAGGGUAAACUGUCUCAGAUGAAGGACAGGUUUCAACAUGGCCUAUCUUUGGACAGCACUCCUUUGUGCCACCUAGAUUGUGUCAUUGAGUUCUAAAUAAUCUGUUCCUUUGUGGCUGUGUCUGGUGUCUGUAGGCAUGCCAGUGUCAAAGGCUUGUCCUGCUAACUGGCUGCUGGUGGACUGUUUUGUUUAAUUGGCUUGCAAGUGUAAGAGAUCAAACAGCUUUGGUAUACAUAGUGAGUGUCAGAGCCUUCUAGAGGAGGUCAUUGUGUAAGAAUCAGAGAAUGGUUUGGGUUGGAAGGGACCUCCAAAGGUCAUCCAGUCCAAUGCCACCGCAGUCAGCAGACAUCCUCCACUAGAUCAGGUUGCUCAGAGCCUUGUCCAGCCUCAACCUUGAAUAUCUCCAGGGAUGGGGCCUCAGCUACCUCCCUGGGCAACCUGUUGCAGUAUUCCAGCACCCUCAUGGUGCAGAACUUGUU